AUGAAUCCAGGAGAAGGAGAAACAAGCUAUGCUCGUAACUCCACAUUUCAGAGUGCAGAGCAGAUGAGAAUGAAGCCACAGAUCGAAGAGGCCAUCAUGGAACUGUGUGGCAACUCCACACCCCUUCCCAGAAGCAUGGUGAUCGCGGACCUUGGCUGCUCUUGUGGCCCCAAUGCACUCACCAUGGUCUCUGCUGCUGUUGAUGCCAUUCAUCGCCAGUGUCUUGAACUCCAACAGCCACCGCCUGAGCUGAGUCUACUCCUCAACGACCUUCCCAGCAAUGAUUUCAACACUACAAUCAAGCACUUGGUAGAGUUCCAAGAAAGGAAAAACAUCGACAAGGGUCAGCAUGGUUUCUCUCCAUUUGUCAUGACUAGUAUUGUGCCUGGGUCCUUCUAUGGAAGACUGUUCACUACUGGAUCCGUGCAUCUUGUCCUCUCAUCAAAUAGCUUGCACUGGCUUUCAAAGGUACCUGAAGACCUACUGAAGAAUGGCAUUCCGAUGUACCAUAGCGACGAGCAACUAAGGCGGAAAACAUGGCCCGUUGUGCUUGAUGCUUAUGCCCAGCAAUUUAGAAAGGACCUCCUUUGGUUUUUGGAGUGCAGGGCGCAAGAGAUGGUUCCUGGAGGAAGGUUAAUUGUUUCCUUGACUGGAACACAAUCUCCGGCUACUGCCAGCAAUGGAUCAGCUCAACAAAUGUUGGAGUUCAUAGCCCGUAUUUUAGACGACAUGGCAUCAAGGGGUGUGCUUGAUAAGCAAAAAUUGAAGGCUUUCUACAUACCAUUAUAUUCGCCGUCUGAGAAAGAAGUAAAGGAGAUAAUAGAAGAGCAAGGUUCUUUCUCCAUUAAUAAACUUCAAGUUCAUGACCCUAUAGCUGGUGUGAACAAAGCAAUGAUCAGCCCCAAGAUAAAGGCAUAUGCGCUUAGGGCUGCCAUUGAGCCAAUAAUACUGGACCAUUUUGGCUCGUCGGAAGAUCUUAUGGAUGAAUUUACCAACACAGCAGAGAAGUUCAACAGCCAAGCUCUCUUACAAAAUGAACUUACCAAGAAUCCUAUGGUUUUCCUUGCUCUUUCUCUUGAAAGGCAGAGUUGA